AUGGGCUACUCUAUUGGACGCACAAGAGGACGAACUGCAAAGCACUCUCCCAGAGGCAGUCUUGCAAGUCUCAAGCUCAACAUGGUGCCUGCAACCAGGCCUGAACUGUAUGCGCAGCCAGCGCAAGAGACAAUCAAAGGCCACUCCAGAUCGGGCAGCAACGUAUCCGGCAGGGGGAGUCGACGCAGCAGACUGCGCCACAGCAUACAAGAAUAUGAGGCCGAUGCCGCAGAAGAGACUUGGCGGGCGCUUGUUCGCUCACUCGUCCAAGCCGUACAACUGCGCUUUUCACAAGGUCUGACUGAGUUUGUCAUUAUGCUGGAACGGUCGGCAGACUUUCAGGACUUGUCGGAGGCGCAGUUGCAGCUCUUUGCUGACAAGCAGACAUCUGAGCGAAUCGUUUUACAGUGCCAGCGAAAGCUGCGAAAGAAGAGCAUCAUGCCACAAUUCAAGCUCGUCUUUAGUGCAAGCCAAAGCGUUGUCGGGAUUGAAUGUCAUUUGCCUGUCGAUGCACUCAAGCCAGGUGUGUGUCAAGCGCUAGACACAUUGAGAGAAGAAGCAAGGACGCUUGAAGACAUCGAAUCGUUGAGCCUGGGCGCAGAGAAACAAUGA